UUGCGUUGCGCAAGCGCAUGGCACGCUGAUGUCCGAGGAUGGACCCAGCAUUAAUCUGCACACUGCCCUAUGAUCCUUUUUUUUUWAAUUUUUACUUUUUCAUUUUUCCUUCCAAAAUUUGGUGUUGACCAGAGGCGACUUCCCAGUGGCUUUACCGUUGCUUAUAGCGCUCCUCCAACCCUAUCUACGGUUUUGGGUUUUUGCUCCUCAUUUCAUUUCCCAAGAUUCCGCAGUUAGAUUUCGCCGCCCGGAGAUCGGUUUAGGGCGUUUUUCUUCCUGCAAGUUUCCGACGGAGCUAGAUCCUCCCCCAUUGUUUCAGGCCCAAAGGCUACAGCAGGACAGAAAACAGCCGAACUGGCACACAAUUGAAGAGAAAAGAGUAUGACCCAGAUCGUAAUUAUAUAAAAUACCCUGAAUCUGAUUGCAGUUUUGUUUGUAUCGCGGCGAUAUAACCCCCAAUUGUUUAUCAUUAUUAACCUUUGAAUCCCUUGUUUCCUUUUACGAAACGGCACUCUCUCUCUCUCUCUCUCUCUGUUUCUCUCUCCCCCAGUGGAUUCGUAGCUGUUCCAAUAGUGAGCUUUGUACUGCUUUUGUUGAACCGUUAUAGUGACUUCCAUCAUAUAGUUCUUCUACUCUCCUUGUUUGUGUUUCGUUCUUGUGUAUCGGUAGUUUUGAGGAAUAGUUUCGAAUGGAGAGGAAACAGGGCUUCUUCUCGGCGCUCAAGGGGGAGAUUGUGAGAGGACUUUCACCUGGAAGGUCAAGAGCGAAGAGUCCGGCGAGAAGUGCGUCUCCGAUGUCGGGUCUACUCCGGCGGAGAAAGAGCCACCAAAUGCCGCCACCGGACUUGCUGAUUGAGAGAUCCGGGAGCUUGAGGCCGGCGGAGGCAUUGUCGCCGUUGAAGGAAGGGCCCGACGGGAACGACGGUCGGGAUUCGAAGGAGGGGAAAUGGGGAAACUGGAUGAGAGGGCAGCUCUGCCGGGCACCUUCCGCCGUUUCGUGCUCUGCACAGAAACGAUCUGAUCUGAGACUGCUGCUUGGGGUUUUGGGUGCUCCGUUAGCUCCUGUUCAUGUUAGCUCCGCCGAGCCUCUGCCUCACCUCGCCAUUAAAGACAUCCCCAUUGAGAAUUCAUCUGCCCAGUAUAUAUUGCAGCAGUACACAGCAGCCUCGGGAGGGCAGAAGCUUCAAAACUCUGUAAGCAAUGCCUAUGCCAUGGGAAAGGUGAAAAUGAUAGCCUGUGAGUUUGAAACAGCCAACAAGGUCGUGAGAACCCGAAAUUCCUCCAAAGAUGCAGAGUCGGGUGGGUUCGUUCUGUGGCAGAUGAAGCCAGAUAUGUGGUAUGUUGAGCUAGCUCUAGGGGGUAGCAAGGUUCAUGCUGGUUGCAAUGGGAAGCUGGUGUGGAGGCACACACCUUGGCUCGGUGCUCACGCUGCCAAAGGGCCUGUUAGACCCCUUCGCCGUGCACUUCAGGGACUUGAUCCAAAAACUACAGCAAGCAUGUUUGCUAAUGCAAGAUGCAUUGGAGAGAAGAGUGUUAAUGGUGAAGAUUGUUUCAUCCUCAAGCUCUGUACGGAUCCUUCGACAUUGAAGGCUAGAAGUGAAGGACCUGCAGAGAUAAUCAGACACACUAUGUUUGGAUACUUCAGCCAGAAAUCRGGGCUCCUGAUACAUUUAGAAGAUUCACAUUUGACCCGCAUCCAAAACAAUGGAGGUGACGCUGUCUAUUGGGAAACCACAAUCAAUUCGUUUCUCGACGAUUACCGACCAGUUGAAGGGAUUAUGAUUGCUCACUCAGGUCGUUCUGUAGUAACCCUUUUCAGAUUUGGGGAAACAGCCAUGAGCCACACAAAAACCAGGAUGGAAGAAGCUUGGACCAUUGAGGAAGUAGCAUUUAAUGUCCCUGGCCUGUCUAUGGAUUGUUUCAUUCCCCCUGCUGAACUUAGAUAUGCAUCCAUGAGCGAGGCCUGCGAUUUCCCUCGAGGUCAUGGCUUUAAGAAUGCGAUGGCAGCAGCAGCUCAUCGGGCGAAAGUCGCAGCACUAGAGAAGAAUCACGAUAGCAAGGUCAAAGUUAUCUGGAAACCAGAUAUCUGAAGCAGCAGCCAGCCAAACUACUCACACUGCUUUGAAAGGUAAGUGCACUAUUAAUAACAGUACUAACCAUCUAGAAGAGGAUCCGAAUCCAUUGUAGUAGAACUUCUGGUCUAUUUUACGCGGCAAAUUGUAAAUAGAUCAAUAGUCAUUUUCUCACACAUUUUGUCCGGUGAUCGAGUGGCUYGCUCUCCCGAACCCGGUUUCGUUCAGCCUUAUUGUUUUCAAACGCAACAGAAAGAUCUUGUUUAAGCAUCAUUCUUGUUGUUCCUGCAGUGUGAUGAGUGUCACUGUUACUGAAUGUAAUUGGUUUUUUGUGCUCCUAGUUUUUGAAGGAGGAAUGUACUGAAAGUACACAGCCUUUACUGAGAAGGAGCAUUUGAUCUCAUUAGCAGCAGCUAUGUCUUAAGUUUCAACUUGAAA